GAUUCAUAAAUGUCAUUUUGCGAUAUGUACUAAAAAUCACUAAAACAAAUUAAAUUGCAUUUUCUUUCUUUAUUUCAAUGGCUGAAAUUGAAUAAUACAAUUGUUCUCUAUCUAAGAUCAAUCUAUAUAAUCUAUCUAAGAUUCCUAUACAACACAUUAUUGUGAUAUAACUCGAUGUUAGACAGUUGCAGUCUCAAUUACUUUCAUUUUUCAGUAAACACUUGAUAUCUCUUCAAAGAACUGCUAGAACGAUAACAGAAUGACUCUUGCGGAAUUUUUUAGCUGCAGUCUCCUUGCUUACGGGGCGCCGUUUGUGAUGUUCUCAAUUACGGUCGCUAAUGACCCCGUACGGAUCAUCAUCAUGAUAGCAGCGGCGUUUGGGUGGCUCCUCUCAUUUCUCUUGUCUUCUGUAGUGUGGUAUGCAGUGGUGCCGUUACGCUCGUACUUGGCAUUUGGAAUGACUUUCGCCAUAAUUUUCCAGGAAUUAUUUCGUUAUGGUAUGUACCGCCUUUUAAAGAAAACUGAGGCAGGUCUUAAAGAGAUCUCGGAGAACCAUGACAUAGGUGCCAACAAAUUGGAGAUGGCCUACGUUUCUGGUCUUGGUUUUGGAACUAUGAGCGGGGCUUUUGCUCUGGUGAAUGUGUUGGCUGAUUCUAUUGGCCCAGGUACUCUAGGGCUUCAAAGUGGCUCAGAAUACUUCUUUGUGACGAGUGCAGCCAUGACAUUAUGCAUGAUCCUCCUAAAUACAUUCUGGAGUGUCAUUUUCUUCAGCGGUUGCGAUGAAAAGAAUUAUUUCAAGGUUUCCUGGGUCCUGGUCUCACAUUUCUUCGUAUCGGGCAUCAGUUUGCUGAACCGGAAACAGAUCUAUGCGAGCACUAUUAUACCAUCAUACGUAGUUCUGAUCAUCACUGCGAUGAUUGCGUUCAAAUCUGCCGGUGGGACUGUGCAGAGUUUCAUACAAACUUUUCAAAGGAGAGCUACAUAAAUUGUAAAGUAAUUUUAGUUUAGGCAAUGACAUUAUAGUCUAUGAAAUAAUCGGAGUAAGGUAUACAACAAUAUCAUACAGUUGACAUACAUACAUAAAGUGACGUCCUUAUCCCUUGUAAGCUAACAGUCUCGAAAUUACUGAAAGACCAUAUUCAGCUGUAUGGCUUCAUAAUGGAAUUGAGAUUCUUAUAGAGACAGGUUGCUAGCUCAUCACCUACAGAAUAAAUCCCAAGUUUUUUUUUUUCAAGUUCAAUCGUAAGCCUAAGUCGCCUUUUACGACGACUAUGUGAAAGAUUUGGAUGAGUGGUUAUAUUCUCAAGUGCCGGAAACCACGCGGCACUAUAGCUAACAAGUUCAUUAUAGCACAGAAGUUAUUCUUUUAUCAUCAGGCUUAGAUUAAAAUGUAGAAUAGAGGCUUUUGGCUUUAUCUACCUCACAAGGGAUAAUGAUAAAGAGACGCUAUAAUAUGUAUGUAUUACUAUGAUAAUAUAUCAGUAUUUAGUGCAGAGCUUUUUAGGAGCAAAGAAAAAUAUGCUACCUUUUUUAUACUAGUAUCGAUAAUCUUAUAGCGCUAACGGCCAUCACUACAUCUUGCUUUAUAAAUUUUUGGUGAUACAAUCAUCAAAGAAGUGUAAAUAUGAAUAAUAGGUAAUUAUUUGUUUAAAUGACGAGUUCUUUUGUAUUGGUACGCUCUCUGGGAUAGUAUGGGAAAGUUUAUCGUAAAAAGACAAUCUAAUAAAAAAGAUAUGAAUCAUGCAAUUUAUUAUGGCUGAUAUGGUAUUUUGCCAGAGUUGACGAAACUCAUGUUUUUACCCGACUGCGCCAGAAAGUUAUUGUGUUUACACAUUUAGAUGUAUAGGUAGUAUGAUUAGUAUUAUAUAAUUUGGAUAAAUUUAUACUAAUAUUAUAAAGCUGAAGAGUUUGUUUGUUUGUUUUAACGCGCUAAUCUCAGGCACUACUGGUAUAUAAUAUCACGCUGCAACUAUUUGGAGCGAAGAAAUAAUGGAAAAUGUGAAAAAAACGGGGAAAAUUAUUCAUCCUUGAGGGCUUCAGUGAUGCCCAAAAUAACUAUUUCACGCGGACGAAGUCGCGGGCACAGCUAGUAUAUGAUAAUUUCAUUGUACGAAUAAUAAAUACUUAGACCUUACCAUCUCAUCCAGGAGGGCGUAAUGCAAUGUUGCAUGUUAGCAAAUUGUUAAAUUAAGUAAAGACUGAUUGGUAUUGUAUAGAAUUUAACUGAUUUGUUUGUAUACAGUUAUUACGAGCGUCUUUACUAUACAUAGAUAAAAAAAGCGAAAUUUAGGAUUCGCAAAAAAAAAACCAUGCCGUGGGAGAUUGAAACUAAAGUAGAAGAAAUAAAAUAGAAAUAAAAGAAACAUAACAAAUAUAGAUGUACGCGCGAUAGAAGAAAUAAAAUAGAAAUAAAGGAAACAUAACAAAUAUAGAUGUACGCGCGACGUUCGUAUUUAUCGCGCGAAAAACUAUCGCUGUCCCGAUGCACGUCAUAAUAAAAAAGCGAAACAGCGAUCGUUUUUCGCGUGAUAAACACGGCGUCACGAUGUAACGGGUGUCAUUGUAAUAAAGUUUUUUUUUAAUGCAGCGUAUUGGAUGAGUUGUCAUAAGGCGUAGACUUUCGCGCCAAAUUUUUAUUGGCUUUUUAAACAUAUUCAUUAAGUCAUAGAGGCUACAAGUGCAACCCAGGUGGCUUUGCGUAGUUACAAGAUGGAUCUAAUUUUAAGAGUUAACAGUUCUUUAGACAUAUUAAUAUCUGUGGUUACAAUACAACCACUUAUAUCUGUCGUCUCGGCAAUAUUUGACGGCGCAAAAAUAGCGCAACCUACCGCCGAAUCCAACCGAAUGAAAACUCAAUAAAAUGACGACCUUAUUACAAGCGUAUAAAACUUAAAAUCCACGCUAUCUCGCUCAUAAUAGUAGUUCAACAGUUCUCGGUUCAAUUCACAAGCUCUGAUAUGAUAUAUUUCUGCGCAGGCACUUCGGUGUAACUUCUAGAAGCGGUAAUACUGACUGAAUCUACGUAAUAAAUAUGGCAGCCAUAUAGGGAACCGCAGAUUUUAUAGUUAAAAGCUGAUGCAAGAUUAUACCUCUCUGACGUCACAACUUGAAAAAGACAUACAGCAAAAACGAAUCAAAAUACUAUAGUAAAUUUGAUUUUUGAAAAAGA